GGGGUCUGGGCUUCACAGAGAGGGGUCUGGGCUCUCUGGUUGAGCAGCUCUGGGAACAGAUAUGAAGGCUGCGCGUGCACGUGUUUACAGAUGCGGACUAUUGUAACAUCAUUACAGAAACUAACCUUAUGGAGGAGUCCGAGAUGAGGAAGUCUGUACGAUGGAAGGAAACGGGCAGAAUAACUCAGACUGCAGAGGACAUCAUUUCGUCUUUCCUAACAGCCUCUGAUGAGAAACAGAACAAACUGCAGGAGGCAGAGGUUAUGGACUUGGAAGCUGUUAAACACAACUCUGAGAACAGGAACCCAGAAGAGAGGUCUCCAACAAACAUCAAGAGCCAUAGCUGCUCUGUAGAUCAUGGCAGUCUCUCUGGGAUUGCACCACCUGGGCCUAGUCCUUCUCUUCUGGCUGCACUGCAGUCCCUCGUUGAACACAAUGAUCACAUGCUCCUCCCUCAUUCCUUACACCAGAUAGCAGAGGGCUACUUCCUUGAAAAGGACUAUCAGUGGGCAGUGGAGUUUCUCCAGCUAGAGAAGCUGUAUCAUGAAAGACUGCUGUCUAAUCUGGCCUCCAUACAAGAGGAAUGGGAGUCCCAGAGGAAAAUCAUCGUCCAAACCGAAAGUAACUCUCCUUUAAACUCUAAUGGAACUGACAGAGAGAGAGAGCAUAUGGAACUGUUGAGUCAUAUCUGCAGUACACACCAGAGACCUAACCUCUUUUUGGAAAAGAACAUGGACGACAUAAGACUACACAACAGCCCAACCCUUGUGUCAGAACACAGAAGAUCAAAAUCAGAACAAGCUUCAGUGAACUCAACCGAGAGAGAAACCCGGGCAGACGACUGCUCAUGGCUGGGAGCUGAACAGGAGCCAGAAGAGGACUGUGAAUUGAAUGAGGAGGAGGAAGAGGACGAGGAAGGUCUUGAGGAGGAUGAGUGCUGGAAUGAGGAGCUGCAGGAUGACACAGUCGUUGAUGGCCAGGUUCCUGUGGAUGAGCUGGCCAACCAUAUUCAGAGGUUUCCCUCAAAUGGCUUAGUCUCCAUUUUAAAGAAGAGAGUCUACGAGAAUGCCUUGCCACUAAAAGACUCAACCAUACGCAGAGUCCGCUUUAGAGAGACAGACGAUGCUUUCGAUCAAGAUGAGUCGGCCAGAAACUCUUGCCUCAUCCUUCUCAUCUUGUGUCUGGUUACCGUCGUGAUUAGCAUGGGUGGGACUGCUCUUUAUUGUCUUGUUGGAGAGGCAUACUCAAAUGUGUGUGUCGACUUCUUGCAAAACGUGGACUUUUACUUUGGACCUUUACGACGAGGAGUGGACGCUCUCGCACAGUGGCUCUCUUCUGAUGGAUCAUAGCAGCUAUUUUAUGGCUAACUUAAGUGGAACUCUUUCUUUAUAUUAUCAUUUCCGAUGAUAAACAACAGUAUUUCUCUUGAGAUAAUAUGCACUAAUGCACAUUACCAGACUGGCCUUAAUAAAUACUGCUUUAGUGAGUCUAUACAAAUUACACAGGGCUUCCUAAUGCAUAAAUUAAUUUGUAUAAAAUAUUUAAUAUUGGUACAAAAACAAAACCGAAUAUUACAGAUAAUCCUAAUAUACCACUUAUUACAGAUAGUCUUAAUAUACCACUGCCAUUCUUUGAAUCAGUAACUGUAACAUUGAAAUAACUGCCUUUGGAGCCAGUAAUUUUGUUUUUUUGUACAUUUUAGUACUCCAAGACACUACAUGCCACGAUUAUCUUUGUAUUUAUGUUUUUAUUUUGAAUUGGAACUUUUCAUUAACGCUAUAAUCACUGAAAUUCAUACAGUAUGAACAAAAAUACGCAUAAAUUGGUGGAUGUUAAAGGAAUAGUUCACUCAAAUAUGAAAAUUAGCUGAUAAUUUACUACCCUUCAGUC